AUGGUUCAUAGGACGAGAGAGUCGAAACGCGCCACUUCUCCAGUUCCAGAAGAUCCCUUUUGCCCGAUACCAUCUGGGUUCGUGCGUGCCAAGGAUGGAAAUUCUCUUCCAUCCGAGAUUGAAACGAAGCUCUGGAUACGUCAGAGACGUCCACUGUCGCCUACCAUGCUUCCUGGUGUUCGGUCUAUUCCAAAAGAGCUUUCUGAUACCAUCAGGGAUCAACUCGUACCGGGCGAAUACUACGCCAAAUCUUUGAGGCAGUACCUUGGCCCAUUUGACCACGAGCCGACGCAAGAAGAACUUCCUAGUGGAGAUACCUACUUUAUUCUGCAGAGCAUGGGCCGACUAAGGGAAACGGGCAAGUGCAUAUUCCGAAACGUCCGACAGCUUGUAAUCCCAGCGAGAGAAUUCCCACCACCGCGCCCUAUCUCUCCAUCAGAGUUGCCGGGUGUUCGGCCUCUCAACAGUGAACUGGACGAGAAUACAAAAAGGAAUCUGGUACCUGGAAAGUAUUAUGCAAAGUCAAUGACGCGGUACCUCGGUCCGUACGAUAGCAUCCCAACGACCGAUAUGUUGCCAGAGGGCGAAUCUUAUGUGAUCCUCCAGGAGAUGGGAAGCCUGCCCACGGGUACAGUAUUGCGUAAAGUCACUCAAAUUGAUCGCUGA